AUGCCUUCCUCAUCGCAUCUCCGCAUACAAACCUCCUUCGAGCCCUUUACCGCCGAGACCACCCGCUCCCACUUUGUCUCUUCACCACCGCAAAAGAAGCAGAAGAUGUCUCUCACCCAAACCUACUACAUUGCUGCCUCCGCCCGCUCCAAGCUCGGCAAAGAGGCAUGCAGGGCCGACCACGACCUCCGCCUUCUCGUUGGACACGCAAAUCUCCUCGACAGCCUCAUGAUUGAGCUCCAAGACGCCGAACGCCAGCAAGAACAAUGGUUCAACCAGACCAUGGCCAAGGCCUCCAAGUCCGAAGAGCCCCGCCACAUCCAAUGGGCCGACAGCAUUGCUGAGGAGGAAGACGACGACGACGAGUCCGACUCGGACUCUGAGAACGAAGACGACUUCGACAUGAUCCCACUGCCUCGCCGCAUCGCUCAGUCACCAGUUCAGAUCAGCACAAUGGAGGUCGACGAGGACGAGGAUGAGGACGAAUUCUACGACGACAUGGAGGACGACUCGGAGCUCGCUCUUACUCGAGUGCCAUCGCAACUACAAUCACCACCCGAGCUCACCUACGAAGAAGAGUCCGAUGACGAGUCACCACCUACAUCUCCCCCACAAGCGUCUUUCAACUUCUCCGACAAGGAGGCCAUGCUUACAACAACCUUCUACGACGCAAAACCAGCCUCGCAAGACAUCGAGGACCAUCCGCUGUUCAUGGAUACCACCGCUCCGCUCAUCUCAAGUUAUUAG